AAAGGCAGCCUUUAUUUAAUGGGUCAGACCUGCUGCAGCCGCUUUAUUUAAUGAGCAUACAAUUUUCUCUUAAGCUGCUUUAGUCCUUGUAGAGCUUAGAAAGGCGGGCCAGUUGGAAACCUGAAAGAAAAUGGACAGUCCUGUGUAACACAACCACAGGAGGAGUUAACCUGUAGCAGAGUAUUUGGUUAAUCUUCUGCUGCGUCCAGUCAGGAGCUUCAAAGUGCUCCCUCACAGACUAUUUCCAGCCAGUUUGAAGUUUAUGUCUCUUAGGGGAGCAAAGCCUCACUCAGGGAAUGAAAAUAUCAGUCUUAUCCAAAAAGCUGUGGUGCGUCCACAAGCAGCUGCUUCUCUUGCUAGCUCCACUUGUGUUUCUGCCUUUACUUUUUACUCUGCCAGAAAAGGAGGGAAAAUGUCUUUACGUGGUGAUACUAAUGGCUACCUUUUGGUGCACGGAGGCCCUGCCUCUGGCUGUCACUGCAAUGCUUCCAGUGUGCCUCUUCCCAACGCUGGGUAUUCUCCCUGCCAAAAAAGUCUGUCCCCAGUACUUCAUUGAGACAAACUUCCUCUUCCUCAGUGGUCUUGUGAUGGCAUCAUCAAUAGAGGAGUGGGGACUGCAUCGUAGGAUAGCUCUGAAGGUCCUUAGUAUUGUCGGAGUUAAACCCGCUUGGCUCAUCUUGGGGAUGAUGUUAACCUCGUCCUUCCUUUCUAUGUGGCUCAGCAACACUGCCACAACAGCCAUGAUGCUUCCCAUAGCCAAUGCUAUACUGGAGAGCCUGUUUGGAGACCUGGAAACCUUGAAGCAAAAGUGCAAAUCCCCAGAGGAUCAUGACAGAGGUGUAAUAAAUGGCCAGACAUCACUGAAGCUCCAUUCGCUGCCAUCAGAGCCUUCUGAAAAAAAAUCGCUAUCAAUGGAUGGGAUGGAUGGUGUGGAACCUACAGAUGUGAGGACACCUGAGGAGAUCCAAUCAGAGUCACAGUAUCAAAUGAAAGUUUGGAAAGGAUUCUUGAUUUGUAUUCCCUAUGCUGCCAGUAUAGGAGGUACAGCCACGCUGACAGGCACAGCACCAAACCUUAUCCUAAUUGGACAGCUGAAAAGCUACUUCCCAGACAGUGAUCUUAUCAACUUUGGCUCUUGGUUUGCCUUUGCCUUCCCCCUCAUGCUUCUCUUUUUGUUUUUGGCAUGGAUAUGGAUCUCUUUUCUAUACGGGGGACUUAAUACGAGGUUGUGCUUCACAAGACAUGACCACAGAGCCCAGGCAGAAGCUAGAGCCAGAGCUCUAAUUAAAGAAGAUUACAAAAAACUGGGACCCAUAAAUUUUGCAGAAGGGGCCAUCUCUUUCUUUUUUAUUUUAUUUGCUGUUCUUCUUUUCACAAGAGAUCCCAAAUUUGUUACUGGCUGGUCGGUGUUUUUCAAAAAAGGGUAUGUCUCUGAUGCUGUCACUGGUGUCAUCAUUGUGUCCAUUUUGUUCUUCUUCCCAUCACAGAAACCUUCUCUGAGUUGGUGGUUUGACCCAAAAGCUGUAAACACUCCGUACGUUCCUCUGCUUUCAUGGAAAAAGGCCCAGGACUCUGUCCCGUGGAAUAUUAUUCUCUUGCUUGGAGGCGGCUUUGCAAUGGCCAAAGCUUGCGAGGAGUCUGGCCUUGCCUCCUGGAUUGGAGGCCACCUCCAGCCUUUGGCUGAAGUUCCCCCAGCUGUAGCUGUGAUGUUGAUCACUGCUUUCCUUGCCUGUUUCACAGAGUUCGCUAGCAACACUGCCACUAUUAUAAUAUUUUUACCUGUCAUUGCUGAGCUGGCAAUUCGUGUCUCAGUGAAUCCUUUGUACUUCAUGAUCCCUGCCACAGUGGGAUGUUCAUAUGCCUUUAUGCUCCCUGUGUCCACACCACCCAACUCCAUUGCAUUUGCAUCCGGACAUCUCUUGGUCAAAGACAUGGUGAAAACUGGAUUUGUAAUGAACAUCCUGGGGAUCCUCUCAGUCUCUCUAGCUAUGAACACAUGGGGCAUUGCCAUGUUUAACCUGAGCACUUACCCAGAAUGGGCCCACUCUAUCAACAAUACUGCUGCUGUUCACCUUUCAUCUAUAAAAUCAUUCAAUGCCACACUCUGAUGAUAUGACUGCAGACUGUAUAUAGGUUUAAAACUAAAACUUUCCAUGGACGUAUCUGUUUUUAAAUGUCUGUAUUGUUGCUGAAACACCCCAAUUUCCUGUUACGGCUGUUACCUAGCUUUAAGAACUUCAUUGGAGUGUGUGCUCACUUUUCAAAUAAUUUUAAGAAACCCUUAUGUGAAUGUGUUUUACCAAAUC